AUGCCGGAUCCGCCCUGCGCCGAUGUGCCCCCGCCCGAGGACCUAUUAGGUGGUAAUGGCACGAGUGAUUCAUCACUCAACACGCAAACGCGUGAAGCGGUCACUGGAGGAACCGCGAAUCCUCCAGCUUGGUCGCCCGAGGCAACUCAGGUCCGGUUGGACCAUGAGAAGCUGAUGAAGAAGACCUUCCAAGUGCUCGGGAUUGUUCCCUCCAGCAAGUCGACCCGCCGACUGAUGGUCCUGAUGCACGACGCCUCGACCCCGCCUUCGCAGGCGCCAGCGCUCGCACGAGCCGCCCAAAGAGCGGUGCGAAACGACGCAGCCCCGGCCUCCAAUGUGAUUCGAGUCAUUAUGGAUGGUCCUGGAUCACCCAGAGGUCCUGUACAGACCGCGCUGCGCAAGCACUUUGGAUUGGCUGAGACACCGUUCAUGUUUGUGCGGCCCGAGGUCGAGAAGCUUUUCUCAAAAUGCGUGAAGCUGAACCCGAUUGUGACGAAAGCCACGAAGAGGUUCCCGAUCGCUCGUCACAUGUACGAGCUUGUAUUCGAAUCCGAGCAAGCUUGUCUUGAAGCCGCUUCAGCGGGCCCAUUCCCCUACCACGGCAAGGAGAUGGUUACCGAGCUCCCCAGCGCCUCUCCCCUUAACCACGUCGUGCAGGUGUGA